AUGGAUUUCCUACGGUCAAAGCAGGCUGGGAUCCAGCACGACUUUACGGGAGCUCUUGCAGCUCCAGAUCUAUUUGUUCUAGAUGAAGUUGAGAAAUACGGAAUCGAAUCCUCCGUGUCUGUCCUUGCCUACGACCCAAUCCAAUCACUUUUCGCCGUCGGAACAAAUGAAACGGCGACCACUCCCGGAAAGGUCUAUGUAUUUGGUCAGAAGCGAGUGCAGGUUACAUUCACAUUGACACGCAAGGCCGGCGUCAAGUUUUUGAAGCUAUGCGAUAAUAGGAUUGUCGUCGUGGACACCAAGAGCGAGCUCUCAGUUUUCGACAUGACCGACCUCGAAGCUCAGCCUGCCAGAUACUCACCUCCGGGAAUUGUGAGCGCGGUUUUGACGGAUCCAUCGUUGGAUUGGGUAUUCAUGGGCUUGCAGAAUGGAGAGGUGGUCGCGUACGACCUUGACCGGCGGCUCAGGUCGCCAUUCCUGGUGCCGAAUUUAUGGAGGGAACGGUCGCCGAAGGCCAGGGUUUUGCCAAUCGUAUCGCUUGCGCUGCAUCCGCGGGAUCUCGGAACACUCUUGAUCGGAUAUCUAGAGGGGUGUGUUGUUUUCUCUUUGAAGCAGCAUGCGCCAACGCUUCACCUUCAGUUUGAGAUACCGCCUGGUGCGCCUGGAGCUGAUCCGGAACGGAGCAUGCUAAAUUCUGUGCGGAGGCCGAGGCUUUGCGAGGCACUGUGGCAUCCUACCGGGACGUUUAUCUGUACUACACACGAAGACUCUUGUCUUGUGAUUUGGGAUUCACGAGAUGGCAGGGUCGUACAAGCUAGGACUCUGCAGGAUACAAAUGUCAACAUUCCGUGCGGUCCGCAGCCAAGUAUGCUUAGCGAGACUGAGGGAACAAUAAUUGUCAGACAGCCACUGUUUAAAGUGUCUUGGUGCUGUACGGAUAACCCCGAUGACACCAGCAUCUUGGUAGCGGGUGGAAAUCUGUCUGUGAUGCCCAAUAAGGGCCUCACACUUCUGGAUCUUGGACCCACUCCGAAUAUGCUCACUUCAUCAAUUCAAUUCGUCUCGGAUCACUUUGCGUCACCUAGAAGGCAGCGUGUUUUGCCGACUCCAGCUGAUCUCGAUGUUGUUGAUUUCUGUUUGCUUCCCCGAACCAGCCCUCAUUACGCUGGGAGCCAUGACCCCGUUGCUGUCAUUGCUUUGUUAGCUUCCGGGGAGCUAGUGACGCUGAGCUUUCCGGAUGGCCAACCUAUCUCCCCGGCCUUGGUGUUCCAUCCUUCCUUGUCAUUGAUUCAUCCUCGUGUGACAACCGCUAAUCUCUCGCCUAUAAAUCGCCAGCGGUGGCUAGGCAUGAUCGAGAGCCGUGAUGGCCCAAAGGAAGUAAUCAUUGGCGGGGUGGAACAUGUCAAACCUCUGAGACGAUACGAGAGUCGAACCGUGCUACAAAUGGCUCACUUGGAUGGGACAGUAAAGAUCUGGGAUUUGGGACUCGCAGACGAAAUCGAAAACGAGAAAAUAAUGGAGGUUGACUUAGGGCAGGUUUUAGAGCGUGGCGUCGAUCUGAAGAUCGAGUGUGUUUCCAUGGCAGGUUUUACCGGAGAGUUAGCUGUGGGAAUGGAGACCGGAGAGGUCGUGCUAUUCAGGUGGGGCAAGAAUAAAGGCUACGGAAGGACUAGAGAAGACGAGGCUCUGCAGUCCAUGAGCAGGUCUGAGCCGGGCAGUCCUACUGGGGCAAUUAGAGAUGCAAAGUCGAAGUCAAAUCCUACCCUUAAGGAGGGCCUUUUGCCGCUUUGUGUUCUUGAGCAGCAUUGUGGGAGUGUUUUGCAUCUUGCCUGCAGUGAUGUGGGAUUUGUUGCUAUUGCUUAUCAGACCGGUCAUGUAUCUGUUGUUGAUUUGAGGGGGCCUGCCGUUAUAUUUCACCAAAGUUUGACUUCCUUGACAAAGGAGGCUAAGAGGUCUAGUGUUAGAAAGAGCCACGACAAGCCUAUGGAGGGAGAGAAAGCUACUUGUUUGGAAUUCGGAGUUCUCACACUCGAGGGCGAUGGCAAGCAAUUGAUUACGAAUACUCUAGAGCAUCUACUAACAGUGAAUCACAGAGUUCUCAAGCAUUGCACUGUUCGCCCCGGCUUUGUCUGCAAUUUCGUGAACAUAACCCACAUGGAAGGCCCAGUUAUAAAAAUAAUUCCAUUAAACUCCGAUUCCGGCAAGCGUGUAUAUGCCACACAGCAAGCCGUAGCAAACCUCAGAGACGGUAUAAAAGUGCCCGGAGUUCUACUGGGCGUGACAAAGUCCGAAUCGAGGAUAUUCCGACCGCCGACUGCGAAGGGCGCGCAUAAGAGCUGGGAGGACUCUGACUGUCUGUCUGCAAAUGUGGUAGAGCUAGAAACUCACGGUGUCUGUCUCAGCUGUGUUAUGGGUAAUGGUGUUGUGAAGAGUUAUUCAAUCCCUGGGCUGAAGGAGAUUAGUGAGGUCAAGAUUGGACAGUGGUUUGAGAAGAGCAGAUUGGCGGACAUAAUUGUUACUGGAGCUGGAUAUAUUUUCGGGUGGACUUCUGAGGCGGAGUGUUCGCUGUUGCAUAUGUGGGGGAAGGGUGAUAGUUGGCGAGUUGACACCCUUUACAAUCCAAAUACCCCCGUCCCCGCCCGCCCUACAAUAUCUAACUUUCAAUGGAUCUCCGGAACACAAUAUGUCACAGUCGAGGAUGUAGACCUACUAAUCGGUGGCCCCGAAAGACCCAUGUCCCGCAAAAUGAUAGAACAAAUGCGCGCGGAAAAACGCCAGGCAGAAAUAGACGCACGUACCGGUAGCGCUGCUGCUGCUGCUGGCGCGUCAAACCAGGACGGGGUAUUCGCAAAUAUGGCGAAGCAGAUACAAGAGCGGACCGAGAAGUUGAACAUCAUGGGUGAUAGCAUGGAUAGGCUCGGCGAGAGCUCGGCGAAUUUCGCGGAGGACGUGGGUAAGUUCGUUAAUCAGCAGAAGAGGAAGGCAUUGCUCGGCGGUCUUACUGGAAAAUGGUUUUAAACCAGUAUCCAUGCUACUAUUCAUGGGCCUUCCUUUCUUUUGUUUUCUCUCUUGAGCGUUUCUUUGUGUACCUUCAAGUUGUGUUGGGAAUCAUGAGCACAUUUGUACUGGUUGUGGUCAAUAUCAUGGUUAUUAUUUAUUCCAA